UUUCUUUUCCUUUCCCCUUUUCGUUUCUGUUUUUUUGAGAUUUUUAUUUAAAUUUCGUUUCAGUUUCGUUUGAGUUCGAGUUCGAGUUCGAUUCGAUUCGAUUCGAUUUCGUUUUCUCUCAGGAAGGAACACGAGCGGUUGGGUUCAUCCCCCUCCUCGCCGUGUUCUUCGCUCCGCCGCCGGGCGCCGCCGGAUCGGUCGCCCCACCCCCCCCCCGCCCCCUCCCUCCCGAAGCUUCUCGAACCUUCCUCCCCCCUACCAGGAGCCGUCCCGAGGCGGCCUAGGGUUCCCGCGGGCGGCCGCGCGAUUUCUAGGGUUUUGGGUCCUUUGCUCGGGGCAUGGGCCCUGCGGUUCGGCGGCAGUGACGAGCGGCAAGCCACCUAGAGGAGGAGAUGAUUACGGAGAAGCCGAGCUGGAUUCGCCACGAGGGCCUGCAGAUCUUCUCUAUCGACAUCCAGCCGGGCGGCAUCCGCUUCGCCACCGGCGGCGGCGACCAGAAGAUUCGCAUAUGGAGCAUGAAAUCAGUGGCCAAAGACAAUGACAGUGAUGAUUCCAGCCAAAGGUUGCUGGCUACAAUUCGAGACCAUUUUGGAACAGUAAACUGUGUGAGAUGGGCCCAUCAUGGCCGCUAUCUUGCUUCAGGAUCGGACGAUCAAGUUAUCCAAAUUCAUGAAAGAAAAGCUGGCACUGGAACAUCUGAAUUUGGAAGUGGAGAACCUCCAGAUGUAGAAAACUGGAAGGUUGUUAUGACCUUAAGAGGGCAUACUGCCGAUGUGGUUGACCUUAAUUGGUCCCCUGAUGACUCGACAUUGGCUAGCGGCAGUUUGGAUAAUACUGUUCACAUAUGGAGCAUGGCCAAUGGCAUAUGCACUGCUGUCUUGCGAGGGCAUUCCAGUUUAGUUAAAGGCGUUACAUGGGAUCCUAUCGGUUCUUUCAUCGCAAGCCAAUCAGAUGACAAGACUGUUAUCAUAUGGCGUACGAGUGACUGGAGUCUUGCUCACAGGACAGAAGGCCAUUGGUCAAAAUCGCUUGGUUCGACAUUUUUUAGGCGACUUGCUUGGUCUCCCUGUGGCCACUUCAUAACCACAACUCAUGGUUUUCAGAAACCUAGGCACUCAGCCCCUGUGCUUGAACGGGGUGAAUGGUCAGCAACCUUUGAUUUUCUGGGGCAUAACGCACCUGUUGUAGUGGUUAAGUUUAACCACUCAAUGUUCCGUAAGCAUUUAUCUUCUGGCCAAGACGCAAAGGCUGCACCAGCUGGAUGGGCCAAUGGAGCAUCAAAAGCAUCAUCUAAAGAACAUCAACCAUAUAAUGUUAUUGCUAUUGGGAGUCAGGACCGAACUAUUACUGUCUGGACGACAGCGAGUGCCCGGCCAUUGUUUGUUGCCAAGCAUUUCUUCACUCAAAGUGUGGUUGAUUUAUCUUGGAGUCCUGAUGGCUAUUCACUUUUUGCCUGCUCUUUGGAUGGUUCAGUUGCUACCUUUCACUUUGAAGCAAAGGAGCUUGGAUACAGGUUAAGGGAUGCUGAACUGGAUGAAUUGAAGAAGAAUAGAUAUGGCGAUGUUAGAGGGAGGCAAUCAAAUAUAGCUGAAAGCCCUGCUCAGUUACUGCUAGAAGAAGCAUCGGCCAAACAAUCUGCAAGCAAAAAGGUUUCCAGUGUCCAGCAAUUUCAAUCACCCCCCAAAGUUUCUACAGAUGCACCUAACCCGUCUACAAGCGUUCCAAAUCAGAAAGCUCCUGAAGCUUUACCUGAAGAUGAGAAGAAAACUGCAGGUUCCACUGCUGAUGACAUAAAUAAAGCACCUCGUUUAUCUAGUCCAGUGAAACAAAGAGAAUACCGGCGUCCUGAUGGCCGGAAAAGGAUUAUUCCAGAGGCAGUUGGAUUUCCUUCCAACCAGGACAUGUCCAACCGUUCUCAGAAUCAAGGUGUGGAUUUUUCAUCCCUGGAUCAGCGAAUGAUCCUUGGAGAGAAUGGAACAAGACCAUCUUAUAGUGCUAGCGGUAACUGUAAUAAUUGUGGAGUUAGGGAACGCUCUGGCAUUACUGCAAGAACUAACAUUAGUGAGAGUCUUGUAAUCCAAAAAGCUUCAGCUGGUGCUGGCAGUGAUGGAAGGUUGAGCAUAGAACAGUCUGGAUCUGUAGUUCCAGGCUCAUUGGCCUCUUGCUCUUCACUUUCUAUCCAUGUAUUCAAUAAGAAAGACAAUGAGGAUUCUUUACCGGUCCGCCUUGAAGCAAAGCCUGUAGAACGUUCUGCAGGAGACAUGAUUGGGCUUGGUGGUGCUUUUUCAACAAAAGAAACUGAGAUUACAUGUACAAGAGGAACAGAAACUCUUUGGUCAGAUCGCAUCUCUGCCAAGGUGACUGUCUUGGCUGGUAAUGCGAAUUUCUGGGCAGUUGGCUGUGAAGAUGGUUGCCUGCAGGUUUACACAAAAUGUGGAAGGCGAGCAAUGCCAGCGAUGAUGAUGGGAUCAGCAGCUGUUUUUAUAGACUGUGAUGAGUGUUGGAAAUUGCUUCUUGUAACAAGGAGGGGUUUGAUGUACAUAUGGGACCUCUAUACCAGGACUUGCGUUUUGCAUGAUUCUUUGGCUUCUUUGGUAACAUCUCCAGAUGAGGCAGCUGGAAAAGAUACCGGUAAAUAUUUCAUAUGUAGUGUUAAUCUGAACUUUUGUGCAUCUAAAUUGAUGUUGACCAAAAUGGCUUGUUCUUGCAAGUUGAUCUUGCUUUGUUAUAUGACAGGUACAGUAAAGGUUAUAUCUGCUAAAUUUUCAAGAUGUGGCUCGCCCUUAGUUGUGCUUGCCAGUCGCCAUGCUUUUCUUUAUGACACCAGCCUGAAAUGCUGGCUAAGGAUAGCUGAUGAUUGCUUUCCAGCAUCAAAUUUUGCUAGCUCAUUUAGUUCUACUCAAGGUGGAGAGCUAGGCAAGUUGCAGAUCGAUAUAGGAAAAUUCAUGGCUAGAAAGCCUAUUUGGAGCAGGGUUACCGAUGAUGGGGUGCAGACACGCUCCCAUUUAGAGACCCAGCUGGCAGCUUCAUUGGCUUUGAAGUCUCCACAGGAAUAUCGCCAAUGCCUCUUAUCCUACAUAAGAUUUCUGGCAAGAGAGGCAGAUGAAUCUCGUCUACGUGAAGUUUGUGAGAGCUUUCUUGGUCCUCCGAUGGGCAUGGUUGACGCUGCAUCAUCUGCUGAUUUGAAAAAUCCAUCAUGGGAUCCUGAUGUUCUUGGAAUGAAGAAACACAAACUCCUAAGGGAAGAUAUACUACCUUCCAUGGCUACGAACCGCAAGGUCCAACGGCUGUUAAACGAAUUCAUGGACCUCCUUUCGGAGUACGAGGCUGCUGAGACAAACGUCGAGCAAAUGGACGUGACACCAACACCACCACCACCACCACCAGCAGCAGCAACAGAAGGCAACAAUAAUGGUGCCUCAUAGCAGUUGGGAUUGCUGGAGAAUUAUUACUGACACCCCCUUGGGUAAGCAUAGGACAAUCAAGUGCAUACAACAUAGAACUAUCAUGUGUUUUGAGAAUUGCCCAUGGUUGAUUAAAUUUAUGUAGCUGCUAGAGCCUUUGUGUUCAUCUUCUUCUUAAUAGCAAAGGGUGAGACCUCAGCCAAACAACCCGUUAGUUGUAACGCGAGCAGAGUGUAACAGUAGAAAGAAAGCGAGCGAGGGAGGCCUCCUGGUGAUCGAUUGUGUAACAGUAAAUCUGUAGAAGGUCAGACGAUUAACUUAAUGUCCUUUUUGCUUAUGGGUUCCAAAAGGCAAUGUUUUUGGGGUUUUUUUAUAGGGUUCUUUAA